GGUUUUGUUGCAUCUAUCCUGACUCACAUGAGCUAAAAGAAGAAGUACAUGGCGGAAGAAGACACACACCAGUCGCCCUACAACAGAGAGCAUGAAAAAACGACAUUGAACUGCAGACAUGUCUGCAGGUUGUGUGAGGUGGGUGCUAAGCCGUACAGUGAGAGCUGUAUGUAGUGGCAGCCCUGGCUACUGGACACCCGCAUCAAGAUUUAACAUUUGCAGUGAAAGAUCUAACACCAUUAUUUCCUUCUGGAGAUGGUCUCAAUUCUCCACCACUGUAGUCAACAAUGAAAAAGAGACUCCUGCACCAAAGAAAAAGAAGCCAGACCCCCAAGCUUGUGUCACAAUCACCAGUGCUGGUCGUAACAUCCCGCAUCCUGACAUAGAGGUUCUGAGUGACACAGGUGAGAGCCUGGGCACCAUGCACCGUCUAGUUGCGAUCAAACUCAUGGAGUCAAAGGGUCUCAAACUGGCGCUGGUCAGUGAACACAAAAAUCCUCCCGUCUAUCAGCUGAUGAGCGGCAAACAGAUCUACGAAGAGCAGCUGAAACAGCGAGAGAAAGAGAAACCGAAACCAGACACUCUGCAGAUAAAAGAGCUCACAAUUUCACCUGCCAUCGCAGCUCAUGACCUCAGCAUAAAGCUGAAACAAGUGGAGAGCUGGCUGGAGAAGAAGUACCAUGUUAGAAUUACUCUGCGAUCAAGAUUUGUGGACACCGCAGUCAAACUGGACACCACUCUGGAGCAGAUGGUGAAACAAAUGGGAAUGGCGGUGGGAUUUGCUAGCCCGCCACGAGUCAAACAGGACGGUAAAGUAGCCAUGUGCGUCCUCCGACUACCUUCAGUAAAGGAACUGGCAAAACUAAAAAGGGACGCGGCUGCAGCUUCGCAGUCUGCCAGCUCCAGUCCGAAAGCCACUCAGAAACCAACGGUCACAGCAGAAGAGUCUACAGAGCGUUGAUCGGCCGGAAAUCACAAACAUUUUCACACAAAAAAAAAGUCUGUGCUUGAAUGUCACAGUGCGGUGAAGAUUCCUUCAUCAUGCUCUCCUUGUAGUGUAUUGUGUAUGUAUUUUGAUGGGUUUUCUUUGGUAAAUUAUAGGGAGGUGGAGAGGGAGAUUUCUGUAGGUAUAACUGUACAAAAAGAACGCUGAGUGAACCAUAAAGCGAAAAGAAAUAAUAAAAAUAUUCCCGGUA